AUGACCACGCCACCAUCCGCCGGGAGCGCCAUUUGCUCUUUGAACGAGUUUCUGCAGGUAUCCUAUGACUAUAUCAUCGUUGGAGGGGGCACAGCCGGUCUUGCGGUGGCCGCCCGUCUAAGUGAGAACCCGAGUGUGACGGUUGGUGUGAUUGAGGCUGGGAGCGACCAGACGCACAAUGAACUUGUACAGACUCCGGCUCUCUUCCCUCAGAUGUUGGGGAUUCCGGAAUACGAUUGGAUGUUGGAAACCGUGCCCCAGAGAGCGAACCGAUACAAAGUCCAUGCACAAACUCGGGGUAAAAUGCUGGGAGGGUCUAGCGCCAUGAACGGAAUGAUGUAUGUCCGCGGCUCGAAACAAGACUACGAUGAUUGGUCGACAUUUGGCAAAGGCUGGUCAUGGUCGUCCAUGGCACCCUACUUCCGGCGACACGAGACCUUCGAUGACACAAGAAUCGGACCCCCAGGAGACGAUGACUUCACCCAGUUCCGGACACACAGUCACGGUCGGACGGGGGCGAUUGCGACCAGCUUCAAUAACUGGCGGAACCCCCUCGAACGAUACUUCAUCCAGGCCGGCCAACAGGCGUCGGGAAUCGACAGAAGCCCCAGCGAUCCCUGGGGCGGUGAUCACGUCGGGUUCUUCUCGUCGCUGGCCACGGUAGAUCGGCGGAACGUAAGAGGCACCCGGAGCUACGCUGCCAGCGCGUAUCUGCUCCCGAACGCGUCACGCUCCAACCUGAGGGUGCUGACCAACGCCCUGGCUUUGAGGGUCCUAAUGGAGGGGCGCACCGCCCGUGGGGUUCAAUUCAUGCACUCGGACAAGAUUCGCGAAGUUCGCGCCACCAGAGAGGUGAUCCUUAGCUGCGGCGUGUACAAGACACCUCAGCUCCUGGAACUGUCCGGGAUUGGGGAUCCAGUCGUCUUGCAAGAUGCCGGUGUAAAAUGCACCGUACCGCUGCCAGGGGUGGGCGCCAAUCUCCAGGAUCACGUUCUGACGGCCGCAGUCUACGAAUUGAACGAGGGGAUUACGUCGUUGGAUGCUCUCCGCCACCCGAGCAUUCUCCAAGAACAUGUGGACAUGUACGCCAAGGACAGCACCGGGCUUCUGGCAUCCGCCACGAGUGGAAUGGGGUUUCUCCCUUACUCGAGGAUAGUCUCGCCGGCCGAGCUAGAGCGGACGUGCCAAAAGAUCCUUGACUCGCCGGCGCAAACACCCUUCCAGCGCAAGCAACGCGAGCAGGUCGUCGGACAGCUCCGGAGUCCAACCUCGGGGAACAUCCAGUUCAUCCUCUCUCAAGGCACCCUGAACGUGGACGAGGUGGUCGCCAACCAGGGAAAAUUCGCCAAACCGCUCGCCGAAACCGACCCGGAUGGCUUUACAAUCGUGGCUUGUCUCGAAUAUCCCGCCUCGCGGGGUACUGUCCACAUCACUAGCGGCGACCCCACCGUGAAUCCCGCCGUCGACCCGGCAUACCUCAGUCAUCCCGCGGACGUGGAUAUCCUGGCAGCGGGGCUCGGAUUCUGCGACGAGAUCGCUCAAUCUCCAGCACUGAAAGAUAAAAUCCGGCGGCGAGCGCACCCCACUGGCGACAUUCGCGAUCGUUCCCGGGCCACGGAAGCUGUGCGCGACUUUUGCAUGACCGAGUACCAUCCUUGUGGUACGUGUGCGAUCGGGUCGGUCGUGGAUGAGCGCCUGCGGGUGCGCGGCGUGACAGGACUGCGCGUAGUCGAUGCCAGCGUGUUUCCGGGCAAUGUGAGUGGGAAUAUUUUAUCAACCGUGUACGCUGUUGCGGAGAAGGCGGCGGAUUUGAUCAAGGAAGACGCGUCCUGGGUGCAUCCAUCUCUUUAA